CAAUUCAGUAAAUUUGGAUGACAGAACCACAUAAAACCUCAUCUUCUCCGUCGUUUGUCGAACACACAGAAAUGGCGCUCAAUCUAACCACCUCAUUCCUCCAUGGAACACCCUGCCCCACGCUCCUCCCUCCCAAGAAGGUCUGCGUUGGCGGUGGGUCGUCGGCGGGGAAUUGCCGCUCUGUGGUGACGUGCAGGAAGAAGGAGAUACACCCGCAGUUCCACGAGGACGCUAAGGUGUAUUGCAAGGGGGAGCUGGUGAUGACGACGGGUGGGACGCAGAAGGAGUACGUGGUGGACGUGUGGUCGGGCAACCACCCCUUCUACCUCGGAAACCGGUCAGGCAUGCUCGUCGACGACGACCAGGUCGAGAAGUUCAGGAAGAAGUACGGCGAGCUCACCCAGAUCAUGGAGAUUCCUGUCCUCAAGGGAGAGAUUAUUCUGCCCUCCCGCCGCAAAGCCGCCGCCGGUAAAGGCGGCAAGAAGAAAUAGAAAAAGCCAAUGCUUUGCUUACUCAGUGUAAGAUUUUAGGUAAAGCAUGAAAAUUGAAGAUGGAAAGCAUGUGUUUUUGUGAAAAUUGAGUAGAUUUCAAUGCCUAAUCUGUGUUUAUUACGUUAAUAUCUGUCUCCUCUUCUUUUUUUUUGCUAAUUUAAUUUACAUAAUUACAUUGUGGAGCUGUGUAAUGUUGAGAAAAUGAUUCAUCAAAUUGUGCGUUAGUUUGA